AUGUUGUUCAAGAAUCUAUCCCAACUUUCAGCAGUCUCUGGUCAUUCUAUCCAAAAUUCAUCCAUCCAACCUAUCCAAUGUGCCAACAGGUCGACAUAUAAUUUGGUGAGUGGGUGGCUAAGAGCAGAACAAAUGAACCUAGUGUGUAUUCAAAAAGAGGGGGAAAAGAAGGAAGAGGAGAAGAGUAAGAUUCCAGUUCAAACAGAGGAGGAAAAUAAAAAGGAAAAGAGUGAGAUUACAGUUCAAAAAGUGGAGGAAAAGAAAAAGCAGGAGAAAUCAAGUCAACAAGAUUCAAAUCAAGGUGUCAUUUCAGAGCCAGUAAGAAAAAAAAGGGAUAUUUUUCAAUUUGGUGAAACAGAUCAAGCCAAACCAAAGAUGGUGAUCAACAAUUUCAAAAGCACUCCCUACCACAGUGAACCAACAAUAUUGAAAUACCUAGGUUAUUAUGGUGAUGCUUUUAAACAAGAGUUUGGUAAUUAUGAACUAGAUUACAAGGUGUCUAUCACUUACCUUACUGAACCAGCCACUUUAGAAUACAGAGAAAACAAAGGUCUAAAAGGUAACCCAAACUAUAAAGACGUAAUAACAUUAGAAAAAGGUAAUGAUCAUCGAUUGAAUCCUAAAAAACUUGGGGAACCUCUAUCGAGUAACUCUGUCGUUAGAAAUAUUCCAGUCCUAAACAAAGAAAAUAAUAACCAGCUCUUUCUUGCAUUUUCUAGGUGGUCUAUUCUGAAAUUGCUUACCUACACAAAAGAUAAAGAUGUAAAAGUAGAUGAACAAAUCACACAUCAAGCUGUAGUAGAUGAACAAAGCUCAUAUCAAGAUGUACUUUUAGAGAAAUUUGUUAAAGAUAAGGGAUAUAGUAAUAAUGACUUUAGAUUAUAUCAAUACAUUUACCCAAAAUAUCGAUACAAUGAAAUUGAACAAUCAACCAUCAAAGAACUUGCAAUUCUUUUAAAACAAAGCUCUGAUGAAGAGGUAAAAGAGUUUUUGUCAAAAAAUGAUGGAACCUUUUUUAGCAAUGAUAAUUUGGAUCAAUUUAAAAGAUUCGAGAGUGAUAAAGAUCAACUUCCAGCACCAGACAGAAAAACAAAACAUUUAAGAAAAUUAAAAUGUACUGGUGAUAUUUGUAAAUAA